GAUGCCUGCAAGGCUGCGACCAUGUCAGGUCUCUCCAGACGCCGCCUGCUCUGCCUCAUCUUGAUCGUGCCAUUCACCUUGCUUCUCUUCUCCGUUUGUGGCAACGGCGAGACGAGUGCAGAGGCUGAAGAUGGCGUUGCCAACGUCAGAUUGCUGCUUGGCCUCAACACUCUUGGUCCGAGGCCAUUGCCGAAGCAGCGUCACGGCCAUGGCGUCGCUCCGGCUCCGGCACCUGCACCUGCACCGGCCAGGGGUCGUGCUCACUUGCCGCUGCUCCACAAGGACGCGCGGCUCCCGGACCCGGUUCCCGGCGAAGCCACCCACAACCACAAGAGAGGAAAUGGCACGGCGCAGAGCCCGCGCCACGGGGGAGCUAUUGCACACGGAGGCAAGAAAAGCAUGCAGCUAGUCGUCGUCGCCGCCGCCGCGGCGCUGUCCGGCGCGGUGGUGGUGCUCCUUGUCGGCCUCGUGGUGUUCCUGACGUGCAGGAAGGUCCAGAGGAGACGCGACGGGGCUGACCAGAACGGCGCCACUAACAAGGUGAGCUUCGACCCUGGCCCGAACCUGUUCUACCUGGACGCCGUCAAGCCGUACGUCGAGCCCGGGCACGAUGACGGGAAGGCGCCGGAGACUGCCGCACCGAAAGACGACGAGCCGAAGCGUGAAGAAAAUGAAAAGGACGCCGGAGCCUGCUCCGACGACGACGACGACGGCGCCGGGUCUGUCCACUCGUCCUGCUGCUUCCAGUCAUCGCACUUCGCUUACUCAGAGCUCCGGGACGCGAAGGCCGACGGAGUGUCGCCGUCGCCCUCUGCCCGGUCAAGACGGCGGAGCUCUGCCCCUGUGACGCCCGCGGACAAGAAUAAGGUCGCAAAUGCUUACUCGCCGCAGUGCCCCCGCACGCCGGGCACGCCGAGCAAUCGGGACCGAGUGCGCCGUGCCCACUCCCCCAGCUCGUCGGAGUCGACGGCACGGCUAUUCGUUGGCGGUUCCCUGAAGUUUCCAGAAGUGCAGAGCAGCAUCACGCACCAAUCAAAGGAGGCAAAACCAGAGCCAGGAACCCUGCUCGCGUACGCGGCAAGCGGUAAGACAUUGCCACCACCACCACCUCCUCCACCGCCGCCGCUGCAGCCAUCUUGUGGUCCGGGCGUUGUACCACCACCUCCGCCGCCGCCGCCCCUGCUGAUACUGAAAGAACAGAAUUUUCGGAGAAAUGGUGGCCCGCCGCCGCCCGCGCCGCCAGGUAUGUCCAGGCUGAGCGCGCCUGUCGGGAAGAAUGGCACCGCGCUGCCCAAGCUGAAGCCGCUGCACUGGGACAAGGUGCGCGCCGCGCCCAACCGCCGGAUGGUGUGGGACAGAAUCCGAUCGAGCUCCUUCGAAUUGGACGAGCAGAUGAUCGAGUCACUGUUCCUGUACAACUCGAGGCUCUCGGCGAAGCACGAGGAGGCACAGAGCCGGAGCCCCUCGCUGGGGCACCAUGUCCUGGACCCCAAGAGGCUGCAGAACAUCACCAUCCUGAUGAAGGCCCUGAACGCCACCGCCGAGCAAAUCUACGCCGCGCUGCUGCACGGGAGCGGCCUGUCGGUGCAGCAGUUGGAGGCCCUCAUCAAGAUGGCGCCCACGAAGGAGGAGGUGGAAAAGCUCGCCGCCUACGACGGCGACGUCGAGGGCCUGGUCCCGGCAGAGAGGCUCGUUAAACUGGUGCUCACCAUACCGUGCGCGUUCGUGCGAGUGGAAGCGAUGCUGUACCGGGAGACCUUCGCCGACGAGGUUGGACACAUCAGGAAAUCGUUCGCGAUGCUCGAGGACGGGUGCAGGGAGCUGAUGUCGAGCAAGCUGUUCAUGAAGCUUCUAGAGGCCGUGCUCAAGACAGGGAACCGGAUGAACGUUGGGACGGCGCGGGGCGGCGCCAUGGCGUUCAAGCUCGACACGCUGCUCAAGCUCGCCGACGUCAAGGGCACGGACGGGAAGACCACGCUGCUGCACUUCGUGGUCCAGGAGAUGACCCGGUCACAGAAGUCGCCCACGCGCGCGGCCGAGGGUACGGACAUCGCCACCGGCCUCGCCGCCGAGCUCGCCAACGUCAAGAAGACGGCCACCGUGGACCUGGACGUGCUCACCACCUCAGUAUCCAACCUAUCUCAGGGCCUGUCCCGGAUCAAGGAGCUACUAGUUGGGUGUGAUUUGUCCGGCAACGAACGGAACGGCGGGUGCUUCGUCGCCUACAUGGCGCCUUUCGUAAGCCACGCCGACGAGGUCAUCCGGGAGCUGGAGGACGGCGAGCGGCGUGUGCUGGGCCAUGUCAGGGACAUCACCGAGUACUACCACGGCGACGUCGGCAAGGUCGACGAGGCCUGCCCGCUCAGGAUCUUCGUCAUUGUCAGGGACUUCCUGGGGAUGCUGGAGAGGGUGUGCAAGGAGGUGAGGGGAGUCAAGAGCUUCCAUGCUUGGAAUCCUGUUCCAAGUAACGCAUGA